AGGAACCUCAAAUGGCUUCAACCCGCGUUCUGUCCAAGACUUUUUAAUCGAGCACUAAGACAGCAGAAGAUUGGGAAAUGUUUGCUGUGUUUUCUAAAGCGAUUGAUUAUGUGUUCAAACGUGAUGAAAAUAAAGAUGAAGAAAAUGAUAAUGAAUUACACGUGUCAUGUUCACGCCAGACCCGACACUUUGAUGGAGUCAUAACAGGAAUACAUAGCGGUUAUGGAUUAAUAAAUGGCGAAAUUUACUUCAGCUUUGAUACAAUCAUUGGUCAAACUCAUCGGCCGAAAGUUGGCGAACAUGUGACAGUGUCUGCCUAUAGGGAUGGACAGGAGAGUGGCUGGAAGGCCACAACUGUCUCCAUAUAUGGUGAAGACUGGGACGAUACGUCAGAGGAAUUGCCAAAAGACUCUUACAGUAAAUCCUCAGAUGGAACCUCAGUUGAUACGACCAAUUUUGGAGAAGGGAUUAACCCAGAACCUGAAGUGGAUCAAAUUAAAAAAGACACUGUUGUAGGAACAAUUACUGAUAUUAAUCAAGGCAGUUAUCUCAUUAAUAAACUGUAUGCAUUUGACCAGUGUGACAUCAUUGUAGAUGGAUAUAUCCCUUAUAGAGGAGACUGGGUAAGAGCUGAUAUCGAACACAAUCAAACAAAAGGAGAGAUUAAGAUUCAAAAUGUAUCACCUAAUCGAACCCAAAACUUUGAAGGUGUUGUAAAUGCAGUCUUACAAGGCUUUGGAUUUGUAAAUAAGGAUAUUUAUUUUACAUUUGCUGCAUUGGAGGAGGGUGCUAAAACCCCUAGGGUAGGGGAUAGGGUGCACUGUGUGGCUAUAGAGAGUGAACAGCGAAACUGCCAGUGGAGGGCUAUCAAACUCAGCCUUGAGACCACAGUAGAUCCUGGACAAGUGUUGAGAAGUCAGCCAGGCUUAUUCCGCCAUAUACAACCAGGCAGAUUCUCAAAGCAGCUGCAGGAGAACAAACAGGGAAUUGUCAUUUCAGAUAAUCUCAACAUGGGAGAAUUGAGGCUAGGUCAGCAGAGAACCACAGUUCUAAGGAUCAGUAACACAAGUUCCGUGUGUCAUACAUUAUUGAAGUGUGCACCAAAGAAGCAAACAGACUGUCAGUUUGAGGUUAAAAGUUACUGUCUGGUUGCUAAAGGUGGAGCAAAGGAGAUGUUAGAAGACCAGAAUGCAUCUGUAGCAUUGCACCCUGGGAGUAAUCUACUUGUUAACAUUAUAUGUACAGCGAAUAAUUUAGGUGCUGACAAACAACUGUUGAUGGCCGAGUUUGAAGGCUUUAAGAUAGGAAGGAACAUGAGUGUUGAUGUGACAGGUGUUGGACAGCAAGCUAUAGGGCCCACCAACCCCUAUGUGAGGAAACAGACAUUUGGAAGAUAUAAGACCUCUGCUGAGACACAGGGGGAUACUUGGCUUGUACCUGGAGAAAAAAUACAAAGGAGUAAGAUGAAUCUUAAGAUGUCCAACAAGUUGCCUCAGUACCCAGUUCCCAGGGAGGUGCGGGAAUGUGUCCUUGAAGACAAGGAUCUCAUAGCAAUUAUACCUCCACUUGGUGAGGAGCUCUGCCUGGAGAAUUAUGUUGAGAAACUUUCCACUCUGCUGUACUUGGAGGAGAUACAAGAGGAGGUUGACAUCAGGACAUAUGACAUGGAGAGAGUAUGUCUAGAGAUGUAUGGGGGAUACCUCAAGCUGCAGGUGGGAACAGGCUUAGCUGAGGGGCGCCCCUCUGUGCUGGUGGGUGACUCAGUGAUCCUAUCUGUGCCUGAAGAUGGCUACAUGAAUGAGACACACCCAGAAUACGAGGGCAUUGUACAUGAGAUGUUUAGUGAUUCUGUUCUUCUGAAGUUCAAUGAAACAUUUCACACAAAAUACAUGGGGGAAGACUACAAUGUACGAUUUGUUUUCAAAAGGACACCCAUACGUAGAUGUCACCGGGCUGUCAGACAGGCUCCAUCAUUGGGCAAAGAAGUCAUUUUUCCUGAUGACCUGGUUCCAAAGAUGUCCCAAUUGACUCAAGGCAGGAGGAAGGGAGUCAGUCCAGUGAAGCCUAUCAGGACACCAACUAAGACCACGAACACAGGGAAAUUGGAGGCCAAAGCACGUCAUGAACUUGAGCGGGAACACAUGGAGUUGGUGAAUAAGCAAUUGAAUGAUCGACAGAGAUCAGCUGUAUGGAGGAUUCUUAAUGGGCACUGCAGACCAACUCCUUACAUUCUCUUUGGACCUCCAGGUACUGGUAAAACAGUGACCCUAGUAGAGUCCAUUCUGCAGGUCUUCCACAAUGUGCCAUCUAGUCGUAUAAUAGCAUGUGCCCCUUCCAACAGUGCAGCUGACCUGAUUACAGAGAGGCUACAUGAGAGUGGACACAUUAAGACAGGGGAGAUGAUGGUCAGACUCAUUGCAUUCUCCAGAAACAUUGAGGAUUGUCCUGAAUGUGUGCAGCCAUAUUGUAUGACAGGAGGAGACGAGAUAGAGUCUGUUUCACGUCAUAGAUUGAUCAUCACAACAUGUUCUUCCACUGGCUCCCUCUAUAAUCUAGGUCUCAGAGUUGGUCAUUUCACACAUUGUUUCAUAGAUGAGGCAGGUCAGGCCACUGAACCAGAGGUAUUAGUUGCUGUUGGUCUGGUAGCCACACACCCUGAGGGUCAGAUUGUCUUGGCUGGAGACCCCAUGCAACUAGGCCCAGUAUUGAGAUCAAAUCUAGCCAAGACAUAUGGUCUUGAGAUAUCCCUGCUGGAGAGACUGAUAGAGCGCCCCCUAUAUGCCAGGAAUGAAGUGAAAUUCUCAGACCAUGGGAGCUAUGAUCCUCUAUUGGUAACAAAGUUGGUUCAAAACUAUAGGUCCCACUCUAUACUCUUGAAGUUGCCAUCAGAGACAUUUUACUUUGAUGAACUAGUCCCCUGUGCAGACCCCAGCCUUGUCAACCAACUCACACACUUUGAGCUGCUGCCCAAUAGAGUAGACUGCCCCUUGAUAUUCCAUGGUGUCAGGGGUAGUGAUAUGAGGGAAGAAAGUAGUCCCAGUUGGUUCAACCCCCAAGAGGCACUACAAGUCGUUAAGUACCUCAAAGCACUGGUCUCCAAUGAUGAAUACUCUCUGUCCUAUAGUGAUAUAGGGGUCAUCACACCAUAUAGAAAACAGGUUGAGAAAAUCCGUGUGUUAAUGGAGCAGUUAGGUCUGGAGAAGGUCAAGGUCGGGUCAGUCGAAGAAUUUCAAGGUCAAGAAAGGCUUGUCAUGAUUGUAUCAACUGUGAGAUCUAAUGAACAGAUGCUUGGCUAUGACUACAAGUUCAACCUUGGCUUCCUGAGCAAUCCUAAACGUUUCAAUGUGGCAAUAACCAGAGCCCAUGCCCUGUUGGUCAUCAUAGGCAACCCUCAUGUACUGUGCCAGGAUGAGUACUGGGAGGCUCUUUUGCGGUACUGCAUACAGAACAAGGCCUACACUGGAUGUGAUCUUCCUAAUAUUGAAGGGGUCCAUGAUGAGGAUUUGCCUGAGGAUGAGAAAAUCACACUCAUUGCUUCUGACAAAUCCCUUAAGGCAGUUGAAACCUCAUUUAGUGCCAAGAAAGACUCAUCCGAAGCCAUAAAUACUUCAACCAGUGCCAAUGAAAGCUCACAUAGAACCUCAGAUAUCUCACAAGAUAAAGAGAUGAAUACUCCACACACCACCACAGUAGAGGGAGACUCAUUUAAGUCUGUGGGAAGCUCACCAAAAUUCAAUGACAAUCUUGCCAAAAAUGUGACAUUUCCAGAUGUUCAAAGUCAAUUUGAGCUCCAAGGAUCAACCAUUAAUGAACCAAGUGCCAAUGUUAAUCAGAACAAUCAGAUAUCAAAUCAUCGACUGGAGAGUGUGAUUGAAUCUGAUGACUAUGAAGAGGAUAUAUACACUAGUGGUGAUAAUGCUGAGGCUAAAAUGGCAAUCAAUGAUGCUGACCCAAAUAUACAUGGAAACAGUGAUCGUGAAAUUGAAAUACCAGAAAACCACGUUGCAAACCAACAAACCACUGCGCAUUCAACAGAAUAUAUUGAUGACAUGAAUAUUAAAGGUGUUACAAAUUAUGAAACGCAUGAACUUCUAAAUAAUGAAAAGGGCCCAAAUAUUAAUGCAACAGAUUUAAUAAAUCCAAAUGAACAUGAACAUCAACAAGAUAAUCAGUAUAUCGAGAACAAUCUCAAUCAACGACAAUACAACCAAGAUAUGAUAAAUGAUGUUAUCAGUGAGGUGAUGCAAGAAGAAAUGUUAAAAAGCGACCAAAUGCAGGAGGACCAACAACUUAUCCAAAAUAAACAAAUGAUUCAAAAUAUCAUAAAUGAUGAGCUGGCUCAACUCAAAGGAGAGGUCCACCACCCAGGAAUCAAGAUGGAGUAUGUUGGUGAUGACUUUGGUGAGAAUGGUGACUAUUAUGAUGAAACUGAGAAGACUCGUCCUUCAUUGGAACACAAUGGAGUUUCUGCUACUGCCAAUGAACCUGAUGUGAUCACUUUGGAUGAAACACUAGAUGACAAUAAUGAUGAAGUUAUCAUCCUUGAUGACUCAGUUACUGAUGAUGACAUUAUUGAAGUUAAGAAUAAUAUAAGUGAUCCUAUCACUAUAGAUGAUGACUCUACCAAUGUGAUCGAAUGUGUGGACAUUACAAAUGAUAAUUCGAUCAUUGACAUCACAACUCCAGUUGUUCGAAAAAAGGACACUUACUUUGAUCAAGGAACAGCAAACAUCAAUGCACUAUCCGAGACAAACCCGCAUAACGUUUGUCUCAACUCCACUGAUCAAUUUGAAUUAGAUCUUGCUAAAGCCAUGAGUCUCUCACUGCAAGCUGUUGAAGAUGCUCCUGGUUCUGGUAGUGCAAUGUAUACUGAGAGUGCAGACCCUGCCAAUGGUGCUACAGGUUCAAAGCAGGAAAUUAGUCAGAGAGAAGAAACAGGAAGUCACAGGUCAAAUGUAGUCACAGAAUUCAGGAAAAUGACCUUAGGAAAAAGAUUUUCUACUAGUCAUCGUUCACCAGUGAAACAAGAUCUAGAAACUGACCAAAGUUUAAUUUUUGAAACUAGUCCCAAGCCAAAAGUAAAUGUUGCUUCACAUUUUAAGAAUUUAUUCAAAAAAGAAAACCCAAGGAACAUCAGGAAGGAUUUGGAAAAUGAAGAAGUUAGACAUAAUGAUGCAAUCGCAAGUGUAUGUGCAACAGUGAAAUCUGGGCCCAGUGUAAGUAGCAAAAUAGCAACAAAAGUUUAUGGAAGUAAAUAUGAGUUUGCAAAUAGGGACUACAGGUACAAACAUCUAUGGGAACAGGAAAAUGUUAAAAUCAAAGUGGUAAAUAAUAUCAAAACUGAACCAAGUGAAACUGUUAAAUCUGAGAUCAUUGAACCUGUAGAAGAUGGUAAAUGUAAGACAGAAGAAGAUUCAAAAAAUGAAGAUGUUGAUAUCAAUGUUCAAGAAGAGAGAGAAGAUGAUUCCAACUUAUAUCGAGUUAUGGAGAAAUUAAAUAUUACAAAUGCAGCUGCUGAAAUAACAAUCAGUAACAGUACACAUGGUAAUCAUCCUGUAACAGAAACUAAAGUAGUUAAAAAUGAAACUGUUGAAGAAACUGCUAAGCUUGAAGUUGAAAGUAAUGAUGAUACAAAUGAUAAAGCCAAAGCUGAAACAGAUAAUACCAAAGCCAAAGCUGAAACAGAUAAUCCCAAAUCUGAAACUGAUAAUCCCAGAUCUGAAACAGAU